AACCAAUAGGUGGCAACAAAACAAUUACUGUCCAGUCUGCCAGUGACAGAAGAAGAGGAAGAAGGUCAGACAUGGCUGCGCCCGUGUCCUUGUUUUCACGAUUGAAAAUAGGUGGGUUACUCUCCCUUGAGCCUGUCGUUGAGGUGACCGCGCGGUUUGCGUCGAAGAAAUCUGGAGGCAGUAGUAAAAACCUUGGAGGAAAGUCACCUGGACGCAGAUAUGGCUAUAAGAAACUAGACGGUAAUUUUGUACAUGCCGGGAAUAUUGUUGCAACACAGAGGUUGAUGCGCUGGCAUCCUGGAGGUCAUGUUGGAAUUGGGAAAAACAACACCUUGUAUGCUUUGGAGGAUGGCGUUGUUAGGUUCACCAAGGAGGUGUACGUUCCUCUGCCUCACAGUGCUGAGACCAAAGACAUGAUCUCAAAGCUGCCGAAAGGAGCUGUGCUGUAUAAGACCUUUAUCAGUGUGAUUCCGAAAAAGCAGGACGUUACUUUUAAACUGGUCAGUAUGUUGUGAAGGUGAGCUCCAACCUUGGAACAGGUGUAGACCUCACAUGGAUCUUAAGAACACCUGAAGCAUAACAAAACAUGUCAUUUGAAACUGAAAGAUUUAAAGGCUAUAGCCAGUCAAAAAAAUAGUCUCUCAAUUUUUAUGAUUUAACAUUGUACAUUUGUAAAUUUGCUGUGCUCUGCUUGGGAAAACAAUCACUUAGAUAAGUAAGGGAGAUUAACCCUAAUGUUAAAAUCGGAUCUUUGUGUUCAAUAAAGUCUGUUCUGCCAAUCUUGUGAGGCACCCUUAAGCAAAACUCAUAGACUUUGUGUUCGAAUAUCCAACAUGUUCUGUGAGUACAUUUUUAAAUGAGCACAUUUUUUUUAGAUGGUUGAAUAUGGCUGGGGAGCAGAUUUAUACCGGGGUACUGUAUCAAUUAACAUGGUAUCAGUAAGGUAAAGUUAAAAUAAAUGCAUUCUGUGUUGUAUUUCUUCACUGUUAUGCAGCACAUCUUCUACAAACUGUAAGUACUGUAUGUAGUGGAAGAAACUGGCAACUGCUUUAUACCUGGCUUACUGUCUUACAUUUCUUUACAUUUCUUUAAUGCAACUAUUGUGGAAGGAUUGCAAUAUAAUAUAUCAUAAAUGAGAAGAUCUUAAUGGAAUCUACAUAAAUAAACUCUGCUACCAUGACUUUAA